CACUGAGUGUACUUACCUCAACAUCAAGACCAGAGCUUUGUGGAACAAAACAAGUCCCUCGUUCACAGUGUGACCAUAAAUGAGUCCACAUGCAUGGACUAUGCAGGUAUGAAAAUUCACAACAUUCACACACUAAUAAAGUAUACAUGCAAAAUAAUAGUUACAACCUGCAAGUUUUCUACCACUUAUCCUCAUGAGGGUCACAGGCAUGCGGGAGCCUAUCCCAGCCGUCUUCGGGCAAGAGGCGGGGUACACACUGGACUGGUCACCAGCCAAUCACAGGGCACAUAUAGUCAAACAACCAUUCACACUCACAUAGUACAUACCUAUGGACAAUUUGGAGUCAAUUAGCCAAUUAACCUAGCAUGUUUUUGGAAUGUGGGAGGAAGCCAGGAGUACCCACAGAAAACCCACACAUUCCACACAGAGAUGGCCGAGGGUGGAAUUGAACUAGGUGUUGCCUGCGUGCUAACCACUCGACCGCCGUGUAGCCCGCAAGUAUUCCAUUUAAUUAAAAUUUUAUUUAAAAAAGCAUUCAGGUUUGACAUUUCUUCAUGGUUUUUACUCCAUUUUAUUUGCUUAAAAAUAGAAAUUAAUUUCAUCAUUUGAUCUAUCUUUUUUCCUCUUUUUAAUUUGCUUUCUUUUCACUGACAUCGACUACAGCAGAAGCUCACUUAGCGUACUGCCUGGAUCAUGUGUUAUUUCCACUGGGGGGGGGGGCUGGUGUCCCCUCCCUCCUGCGCAUCUUAACCUCCUCCCAUUAUCGUGGUUUGGCGAUUAGAUGCACACAACCUCCCUGAAGAAGAAGAAGAAGAAGAAGAAGAAGAAGAGGAGGAGGAGGUGCUCUCUGCUCUUCAGCUCUCAGCAGCAGGUUGAGACUUUAGUCGUUCAGAAGCGGCCAUGCCGUGGACCAGACCCCAGGUGGAGUUAGGGGCGGCCGAGGCCCCGGAGUCGCCCGUGGUGUGGGACCACCACUACGAGGGCUCGCUGUUCCCCACCUCCACCCUCAUCCUCGUCACCGUCAUCUGCAUAGUCAUCUUCAUCGUGGGCGUGACGGGCAACACCAUGACCAUCCUCAUCAUCCAGCACUUCAAGGACAUGAAGACCACCACCAACCUGUACCUGUCCAGCAUGGCCGUGUCCGACCUGCUCAUCUUCCUGUGCCUGCCCUUUGACCUCUACCGCUUGUGGAAGUACGUGCCGUGGCUGUUCGGCGAGGCCGUGUGCUUGCUCUACCACUACGUCUUCGAGGGCUGCACGUCGGCCACCAUCUUGCACAUCACGGCGCUCGGAGUGGAGCGCUACCUGGCCAUCGGCUUCCCGCUCAGGGCCAAGGCGCUGGUGACCAAGCGCCGGGUGCAGUACAUCAUCGCCGCCCUGUGGGGCUUCGCCCUAGCGUCUGCGGCGCCCACGCUCUUCCUUGUGGGCGUGGAGUACGACAACGACACUCGCGCCGGCCAGUGCAAGCACACGGGCGACGCCAUCGGCUCGGGCCGGCUGCACAUCAUGCUGUGGGUGUCCACCGCCUACUUCUUCUGCCCCAUGCUCUGCCUCGUCUUCCUCUACGGCUCCAUCGGCUGCAAGCUGUGGAAGAGCGAGAGCGACGUGCGGGGCCCGUGCGCCUUGGCCCGCCAACGCUCGCACAGGCAGACCGUCAAGAUCCUGGUGGUGGUCGUGCUGGCCUUCAUCAUCUGCUGGCUGCCCUACCACAUCGGACGUAACCUCUUCGCCCAGGUGGACGACUACGACACGGCCUUGCUGAGCCAGAACUUCAACGUGGCCUCCAUGGUGCUCUGCUACCUGAGCGCCUCCAUCAACCCGGUGGUCUACAACCUGAUGUCACGCAAGUACCGCGCCGCCGCCAAACGCCUCUUCCUGCUGCACCGUCACCCCGAGAGGACCCGCCUCCGCCGCCACGCCCACCAAAGGCAGAUGAGCGCCACGGAGCACACGGCUACGCUUGACCAGAGCCUAACAGGCGUGUGAACGGGAGGAAGAAGACGGACGUUUGCAACAUCGUAAGGGGGCGGCGUUUUCUACAAAUACAGAAAUGUGUUUGGCCACGCAUGUCAUAUGUCAUCCUCGUGGCCGCAAACAUCCAUAAACUGCAACCUUCAUGCUAACGUUUCAAUUUGGGCUACUUCCUUUUCAGCUUUCCUCCUACAUGGACACCCUCUUUUUU